AUGGAAUUUGUUGCAGGUAGCGACCAUCACCAAUGGGAAAGCGACAGUGUUGUGGCUCAAGCCUCAAACUACGGGCAGCUAUGCACUCUUAUCCUCCUGACUUUCAAAGAUGUCGAUCCCUUCCUAAAUUGUAAACUAAAGCGAAAUGGAAAAAGGCCACGGGAAAAUUUGACCUGCCCUAACAUUACGAUAAGCCAAUUGACGUUGACCAGCCCAGACCGGUUGCGCAAGAUCGACCAGCUUCGCGAGAGAAACAUUUCCACGUACCUUGCGCUACCUCAGUUGGUCGCGGUCAGUGAUAAAAGUUCUGGAAAGUCCUCCCUUCUGGAAAACCUAACGGGUAUCCCGUUCCCUCGAGGACAGGAGCUUUGCACGCGUUACUCUACGCAAAUCACUCACCGCCGCGAUGCCGCAAGUCAUAUUACCAUCAGCAUUAUUCCUGGCCCAACUGCCUCGUUGGAGCAUAAAGAGAAACUCCAGGAUUUUAUUAUAGAGGUGGAGAAUACUGAUCAGCUCCACACCGAGUUUCCUGACAUAUUGAAUAAGGUGAAUACACUCAUGGAUAUCAAGAUGCCCAGAAACCCUAGUAGAAACAGAACCUUUUCUGAAGAUAUAUUAAAAAUCGAGCGAUACAGACUAGAGGAAGAUUACCUAACAGUCAUCGACAUGCCCAGCAUCUUUCGCAUCACUACCCAAGGUAUUACCACAGAUCAAGACCGUCUACUAGUCGAAAGAAUAGUCAAGAAUUACAUUAGCGACAACCACACAAUUAUGCUAGCUGUUCUUCCAUAUAACGUCGAUAUUGCCACUCAGGAAAUUCUGGCAUUUACUGAAAAAGCCGACCUAAGCGACAUAUUUAAAGAGGAGCCCUGGACGUCUCUGCCAGAUAAUAAGGCUAGAGUCAAUACUCUUCAAGCAUGUUUACAGGAGCUUCUUAGUCAGAUCGCUGAUAGAUCCUUCCCAAAACUUCGAUCCGAGGCACGUCGCAGGCUUAAUGAGAAGCAAGAUGCAUUAGAUGCCGACUACUUGACACAUGAAUUAUUCGCGGAUGAUGACUUGCGUCUCAUUAGAAAGGUUGUUAACACUACCGAAGACUUCUCUCACGACUUUGAAGCUUGUGCACAUACAUACUCUUUCGAAGGCGAACCGUCGAAGUCUUUGCAGCCGAUGCCCUCCCCACCCUUGUUUUCCGACGGUGAGGAAGAUGCUCAAGAAGAAGAGGCAAGGAUUAGCAAGAAGUCAUGCAACAUACUUGAUCUGAACUUGUACCCGGAUCUAGAGGGCUUACUUAGCCAAGGCUGUACUUCUCAUCAGCCAGCUCAGGGUAUCAUGUCCUGGAUUACUCAAAUACACCUACAUUCCCAAGGUGUUGAGCUGGAGAGACAGAAGAAGCCUUAUAUGCUCAACCACUAUUUCAACGAAAACUUACAAAAAGCACAUAACACACGAACUUUCCAAGGUUUAAAAGAAAAGGUGUGGAAAGAGAAUGAAGCGAAGCGGAUUGUCGUUAAUGUGAAUGACAUUUCUUUACUCAUUCAAAACCGAAGCAACAGGGAGCAUACCGCAGAAGAAAUACAUAAUAUUCUCCAGGCUUACUACAAAGUGGCCAGGAAGCGAUUCGUUGACAACGUCUACUAUCAGGCCGUGGACCACUGCUUGCUUUCAGGCCCAUCAAAUCCUCUGGGACUUUUUUGUGAACAGUGGGUGCUUGAUCUGAGUGACGAGAGGUUACGGUCGAUUGCUGGCGAGACUCGUGUUAUUCAGGAAAAACGUCAAAACCUGCAAACAGCGCUGCAAGACUUGGCACAAGCUUUGGAGAUUCUAGGUUGA